AAUUCGAAGAGAAUUAAGAGGUUUAUCUAGGACUUUAGCCAAUUUUCUUCAUCUCCAAUAAUCAACCAAGCUCUUCUUUAAUUUCUGCAAAAUGUGGAAACUAAACGCUGCAGCAAAAUCUCUGCGCUGUCUCCACCGAUCAUCAGCCACAAAUUUCACUUCAUCGUCACUUUCUCCAGUCUUCAUCACAACCCAUGUACGGAAUCUCCGUACAGGGCGAUCUCCCACUUCAAAUUACGAGAUAAUGCCUCCGGUGAACUGGGGCGUAAGAAUAGUUCCGGAAAAGAAAGCAUUUGUGAUAGAAAGGUUUGGGAAAUACGUUAAAACGCUGCCGUCGGGGAUUCAUUUUUUGAUUCCAUUGGUGGAUCGAAUAGCUUAUGUUCAUUCUUUGAAAGAAGAAGCCAUUCCAAUUCCAGACCAGUCGGCAAUUACCAAGGAUAAUGUUAGUAUUUUGAUUGAUGGGGUGCUUUAUGUGAGGAUUGUGGAUCCAAAACUGGCGUCUUAUGGAGUUGAGAAUCCAAUUUACGCCGUCAUUCAGCUGGCGCAGACCACUAUGAGAAGUGAGCUUGGGAAGAUUACUCUUGACAAGACUUUUGCAGAAAGAGAUACUCUCAAUGACAAGAUUGUGGAAGCAAUCAAUGUGGCUGCGAAAGACUGGGGUCUGCAGUGCCUUCGAUAUGAGAUAAGGGAUAUAUCUCCACCUCGUGGAGUGCGGGCGGCGAUGGAGAUGCAGGCAGAAGCUGAGCGUAAAAAGAGAGCUCAAAUUUUGGAAUCGGAAGGAGAAAGACAGGCCCAUAUUAAUAUUGCUGAUGGCAAGAAAAGUGCAGUGAUCUUAGCAUCUGAAGCUGCAAAGAUGGAUCAGGUGAACAGGGCACAAGGUGAAGCAGAAGCCAUUAUUGCUAAAGCUCAUGCAACUGCCAAAGGUCUGGCCAUGGUGUCACAAGCCCUAAAUGAAAAUGGGGGAGUUGAGGCAGCAAGUUUGAGAAUCGCUGAGCAAUAUAUUCAAGCUUUUAGUAAUAUCGCCAAGGAGGGUACCACGAUGUUGCUUCCUAGUGCUGCUUCCAAUCCUGCAAACAUGAUAGCCCAAGCUAUCUCUAUGUAUAAGAGCAUACUUGAUAACAUGCCCAAUGAUGGUACUCAAGAAACAAAUUCCCCUCGAUUAUUAGAGGGAAAGGGUGAUGCACCUUCUGGAGAACACAAGUAAACAUUUUGUUGACCCAUUAUUUUCACUGCAGAGCCCCCCAAGAAAUGACAAUAAAGUUGAUACCAUGGUCCCCUUCCAUGUAAGCGAAUCAGAUUGUGUUACUAUUGAGUACUGUUUUAACCAGCUAUUAGUUUUGAAAUUCUUUCAAAAGAAAAGUGCAAAGUUUUAAUGACUGUAGCAUGUUAUAGUUGGAUGGUUAUUCAUUUUAUCUAGAGUUUCGCGGAUGCCAUUUUUAGUGGUAGAAAAGCAAGAUGAGAGUAAGAAGGGAUUCAAUAUUCUUUUGUAGAAUGCUGUUCUUAUACUCAAUAAUUUAUCUGGGAUGUAACAUUGGU